GUGGUUGGCUAUACUGUGAGCAAAUAUAGCUGGAGCGACAACCACGCACCACCUUUUAUUCAAGUCUCCGACGUCCAAACCGCCUUUGUUGGGCGAUCAGCCCCUGUAAGCCUGUGUCUUCUAGUAUAAUAUAGUUACUAUCACAGGGUAGUUGCUAAACACAUCGGGUCACAGGACUGCCGACUCCCAAUUGAACACUUUGUCCCUCGUUGUCCAAAAUGCCGACGACCGACCUGCUCAAAACUUUUGGUCUAUCUCGUAACCCCUUCACGGACCGAACUGCCGAGAAGACUAACCUAGAUUCAACCAGUCUCUACAUUCAUUCCGAUUUGCGCGGCUUAAAGCCGACAGACACAACUUACGUCUUCUUCGGCAAGCGGGGAAGUGGCAAGACCACAAUCCGGUUGCAGCUUGAGGAGGCUUACCGGCGCCACAAUGAGGAGGCCGCCGCGAAAGGAACCAAGGGCCAUUUCAUCAUCGACAUGUGCAGGCCAGGCCACAUGACCGCCUGCCUCAGCACGUUCAUGGAGACGUUGGAUGCCUCCACCGAUAACUGGGACGCCACCUUUUCCGAAACCUGGACCACAGCGGACCUCGUUGACUGCAUCCUCAGCUACGCGGCCACCGAGCUGGUGAAAAAGUUCACGCAGCCCAACAGCGACGUGGCGCGGCAGAUGCAGGAGACCCUGCGUGGCGACUCGCGCGCCUCCCGGCAGUUCCUGCUGCUGAGCCACCUGUACGCACGCACCGACACUGCCACCCUCAAGCAAGUGCGGGCGGUGCUCAUGCGGCCCAAGUACACGCCCACGCAGGUCACGGUGGGAGCCGUCAGCGCCAUCACCGGCACGGGCGCCCUGGUUGCCGCCGCCCGCCAGCCUGCCGUCAGCGAGGCGCUGGCCGAGUACGGCGGUGCGGCGUGGGAGUGGCUGGGCGACCACGUGCCGCUGCUGCGGGCGGCGCCCAAGCUGGUGGCGGCGGGGCUGCUGGGGUCGACGGGGGCGGGGGUGUGGUACUGGAACAGGUGGCAGCGGCUGCGCUCUCUGGACCGCGCCGCCUGCCUGCAGCGCAACGUGCGGGUGGUGAAGCCGCAGCCGCGGGAGCUGCUGGCCUCGCUCGUGUCGCACCUCUUCACUAACCAGGACUCUGUGGACACUGUUCGCUCCCUGACUCUGGGCAUUAGCGCGCACCAGAAGCUGGAGCUGCUGUCGGGGCUGGUGCGGCUGCUGGGCUUCGAGUCGGUGGCGGUGUUUGGGGACUGCUUCGAUGAGGUGACGCUGCUGGACCCGGUUCGCUUCCCCGGGGCCAUCAAGGCCUUCGCGCGGGAGGUGUGCAGGAACGACAUCCUCAACUUCGGUCGGCUGCACUUCUUCUUCCCCGACUCGCGCAUGGCGCUCGACCUCAACACGGACCGCACGCUGAAGGAGGCUCGUUUCGACCGCCACUUUGUUCGCGACCUGGUAUGGAGCCGCCACCAGCUGGAGGAGCUGGCGGAGAGGAGGUUCAGGGCGGCGCAGCAGGCCCUUCGUGAGGAGUUUGGUCGGCAGGGCGGAGCCGAUGAGGCCUCUAACCUGAGCUUCGCAGACCUCUUCAAAAAGGUCCGCGGCGAGGACUUCUCCUCCUACCUUGCCAAGCUGUCCACCCCGCGCGAGCUGAUGAUCAUGAUGACGGAGAUGUUCUCACGCAUCGAGCAGAACCCUGAGGGGGGGCUCACGGCGCAGGACAUGGAGAUUGCGGUCACCAAGGCGCAAGAGCAGAGCGUGUAAGGGGCCAUGGCAGCCCAGCAGGAGCAGGAGCGGCAGGCUGCCGGCGGCUGCACUUGUGGUGGUUGUGGUGGUAUCGUUGCAGGAGCGAGGGGGUGCGGACGGCGGUGUGACGUGGCAUGUCGGGGUGGCUUGCAGCCCCGUGUCGCCCUCCCGGCUUCCAUCCUCCUCCUCACCUCAUGCACAUCCGCAGCAGCAGCUGUUGCAGUGCUAGCUGCAGUAGGUACAGCAGGAUGGCGUGAAGGCGUGGGCGGUGCGCGGAGGUACGGGGUGUUGUGCGGCAGCGGGGUUGCGGGAACCUUCCCUUGCUUGCUGGGCAGCUGUUUGCUUGCAAGUGGCUUACCUGGGAUUGACGUGUGUAGCUUGCUUUGUUUGUUUGUUUGUGUGCGUUUUUGCCGUGUGGGUGCAUGGUAGUAGGGGGUAGUAUUGGAUUGGUAAGGGCGCUUGGUUACUCGGGGCUGAAACGCUGGAUGUUGAGAGUGUUUGAGUGUCGGGUUUGGCUGAUCAGUAGAUUGGGAGCGCACGGGCAUUGGACGUGUGCUGUUGGCUGAGGGAGGAUGGACCCAUGGGUCUCAUACCUGGCUCUAGGAGGGAGCAUGUCAGGGGUGCGGCAAGGCAAGGAGUGGCAGGGCGUUUCGCUUGUGUGCUGUGCCCCCGUUUUCCUUGAUACAAGCUGAGUAGGUGUAGGAAAAGGGCAAUGUUGAUAAUGAAAAAUCCUUGUAGGAUGCUGCCAGCGGCUGUGUGGAGUGUGCUUUUGGAGCGACAUGAGAUGGUGGUCCACUGGUGCGGUUGUGGAGAAGGCGUGAAGGUGGGGGCAGAUUGGAAAUCCGGGCAUAACGAGGGGCUUGUCGUACGUUUUGUACUGCGUAUAUGCGGCCCUGCGGAGCAUAUGACCGGUAAUGCUCCCAACAGUCCGGAUGCUGCGGGUGUCCGAAGUUACAUCACGCCGGUAUUACGAGCGCCUGAACCCAGUGGUCACUUUAGAGCCAGCAACGUAUAGACCGUUGCGAUAGGCGCUGCACGUCCAACAACCCCACAGCGCCGGACACACACACGCGGGGUCCGCCGCACUACUUGGCGUGGGCCGCCUCGGGAGCUGCUUCGGUCACCCCCUCGCAACCAACACCCAUGCUGCCACUGCCGUCAUCGCUGUCACCGCUGCCGCUGCUGCCGCCACCGCCCGCUGCGUCCCU